CACUGCUCACAUCGGAACUACAGUACCGAUCUUACAUAAUGUUCGCAACAGCAACCGUAAUCGCUGCCUUGGUGUGUCUAGCCACCGCGUUUCCGCCGGAAGAAAGAACCCGAAUUGUGAACGGAGCAACCGCUGCCCCUGGUCAGUUUCCGUAUCAGGCAAUUCUGAAAAUUCAGCUUCCUCAAGGACGUGCGUUGUGCGGUGGCAGCUUGCUGAAUAAUCAGUGGGUCCUAACGGCCGGACAUUGUACACAAGGAGCGACUUCGUUCGAAGUCACACUUGGAGCAGUUGAUCUGGAUGACACUACGGGAGAUGGUCGAAUCGUUCUGACCGCCACAGAGUACUACCGUCACGAGAAAUACAACCCCUUGUUCGCUUCGAAUGAUGUUGCCGUGAUCAAACUUCCCGAACCGGUGCAGUUCAACGACCGAGUGCAGCCUGUGACCUUACCCAGCGGAAGUGACAGCUACGCCGAUCGUAAGGUCAUUGUCAGUGGAUGGGGAUUGCAGCAAAAUGGAGGCAGCGUUGCCCAGAAGCUCCAGUAUGCACCGCUGACGGUGAUCACGAACUUGAAAUGCAUGACGACCUACAGCCCAUUGGUGAUCAAGAAGACAACUAUUUGCGCUCAAGGUGGUGAGAAACAGUCGCCCUGCAAUGGGGAUUCCGGUGGUCCUUUGGUAUUGGAGGGUGGUUUCGUUCAGGUGGGUGUGGUCAGCUUUGGCCAUGCCAGUGGAUGUGAACGUGGCCUGCCGGGAGCAUUCGCCCGGGUAACUUCAUUUGUUGAUUGGAUUAGGCAAAGAACUGGAAUGUAACAAUGCAAUGGAUAUAUAAGGCUGGACAACUGAUGUGUGAUAUGUUGAAAUUAUUGCUAAUAAAUGUUGAAUUCUGCUACCGA